AUGGAAAUACGAAUACUACUUUGUAUUUAUACUAGUUGUGCUUUUAUAAUAACAUUUAUCGGAGCAAAACCUUUUUCACUUAACGACGUCAUAGCAGCAGAACGAGAGGGCAAGGAAGCUUCAUUAGAAACGUCCUUGAUACCAGUUACAGACAAUAACUACGUGGCUAACAGGAAAACGUCGUCGUUGAAAUACAAAAAAACUUUUCAAAUUAAAUCACCGUCAAAACCGAAAAAAUUAAAACACUUGCAGAAACCUCGUAAUAAACGUAAAAAUUUAACGUCAAAGAGAGAAAUAAGUCACAAUGAGAAUAUUAACAAAAAAUAUAUUCCCCUGCUUAGAAAUAUUGGGAUGUUAUUUGACAAUAUUCUCAGUUCAGAUUCUAGCGAAACCUUCGAUUCUAGAAGGUACAACAAAUACAAGAGAAACCCAGUUCAAUCCGACAGUGACGAUGUUGUAUGCACCUGCGUCAGUAAAUAUGAGUCGGCGAUCAGGUCUAACGCGGACCAAGAGACAACUUCCACGGCUUUUCCCACUGAGGUCGAGAGCGAAACUUUCACCUCUAUCACUGUUACCACCCCGCCGGCCUAUCAUACUACCGAUGAUCACGUCAGCCGUUUCGGAUGGAAUAAGAACUUAUCCGUAUUACCUACAAGAAAUCCCGUUAGCCUUCGGAGAAACAAUCAUAGAUUCCGUGAAAGAAGCAGCUCCACAUAUAACAGAGGCGUUGAAGGAUAUAUCACCGGGGAUAAUGGAGAUAAUGAAUAUACUGCCCUCAGAAGAGAAAAUGACUCCGAUGCAGAGUAUAAUAAAGAAAAUACCAACAGUAAUACACGAAACGAUGCAAGUGGCGAUAGAUCCGGAGGACGUGGAUACAGAACCUAUCCCGGAGAUUCAGAGGCUGAUAGAAGAACCGACGAAAGUGAAGAACCCAUAUUCCCGACAAAUGAAACCUUUCAAAAUAAUACAGGACACGUUUUUGAACACGAAGGAGAAACUCAAUUCGAAAUUCGAGGAAACAAAACAAAAAGCUCAAUACUUUUACCAAAACUUAAUUCAAGACUACGAGGAAUUAAGCCCGAAAAGGAAAAUACAUCACUACGAGCCGCCGAAACUAAUGAAAAAAGCGUCGAACUCGAUUACGCCGGUAAUAAACGAUUCACUGUCAGAGAUGGCGCAGUUGCCUCGGAAAAUCAAGAAAUUAGUAGAACAAAUAAAGCAGUAAAUUCUAAAAAUUCUCUAUCGAAUUCAACUUUUCCUGGAAAAAUAGUUAUGAUAUUUGAUGGAUACAGUGUAGCAAGAGAUGUUAAUGGUGAAAAUAAACUGACUGAGAAAGCCAUUCACAUUCAUUCA